AGUCCUGGGAGGGCGGCCUCCUGUAAGACCUCUCGCGGGCCCAGCGCUGAGGUUCAGGGACAUGUCGCGGCCGAACUCACCUCGUGGCCUCGGCGUGGUGCUCUCAGCUCAUGCCCGGAAACCAAGUCCCGACGCCGCGGUUAGACGGACCUCUAGCCGCGUCCGCCUCAAUGCCGCCAGCUGCCAGGCCGCCCGUGACGCGUUACGCCUGCGCCGCCUCCUCGCCUCGUGACGUCACGACGCCCGCGCAGCUGCGGUCGCCGCGGUCCCACGACUCUUUCUUUAGUAACCUGGGAGAUAGCUGUGGAUGUUUCCAAGGAUUGUCUUCAGUCAUGGCCUUGGGAUUAAAGUGCUUCCGCAUGUUCCACCCUGCCUUUCGCAAUUAUCUUGCAGCCUCUAUCAAACCCAUUUCAGAAGUUACACUGAAGACAGUGCAUGAAAGACAGCAUGGCCACAGGCAGUACGUGGCCUAUUCAGCUGUACCAGUCCGCCAUUUCGCUACCAAGAAAGCCAAAGCCAAAGGGAAAGGACACUCCCAAACCAGAGUGAAUAUUAAUGCUGCCUUGGUUGAGGAUAUAAUCAACUUGGAAGAGGUGAAUGAAGAAAUGAAGUCUGUGAUAGAAGCACUCAAGGAUAAUUUCAAUAAGACUCUCAAUAUAAGGACCUCACCAGGAUCCCUUGACAAGAUUGCUGUGGUAACUGCUGAUGGGAAACUUGCUUUAAACCAGAUUAGCCAGAUCUCUAUGAAGUCGCCACAGCUGAUUUUGGUGAAUAUGGCCAGCUUCCCAGAGUGUACAGCUGCAGCUAUCAAGGCUAUAAGAGAAAGUGGAAUGAAUCUGAACCCAGAAGUGGAAGGGACGCUAAUUCGGGUGCCCAUUCCCCAAGUAACCAGAGAGCACAGAGAAAUGCUGGUGAAACUGGCCAAACAGAACACCAACAAGGCCAAAGACUCUUUACGAAAGGUUCGCACCAACGCAAUGAACAAGCUGAAGAAAUCCAAGGAUACAGUCUCGGAGGACACCAUUAGGCUAAUAGAGAAACAGAUCAGCCAAAUGGCUGAUGACACAGUGGCAGAACUGGACAGGCAUCUGGCAGUGAAGACCAAAGAACUCCUUGGAUGAAAGUCCACUGGGGGCCAGCAGUACUCCAGAGCCCAGUUUCUGCUGGAUCCCAUGGGUGGCACAUUGGGACCUCUCUUCCUCCCCCAUCCACACAGAAGACUGUCACCACUCGGACAGAAGGCUGUCCUUGUGAGGCCCAGACUUCCAGUGGAACACUCAGACUUGUUCAUUCUCUUCCUCCUUCUGCUCUCAGCCUUCUGACAUGGGUGACUGUCAGAAAAUACGUGCUGCUGGCAAAGGGCCUUUACUCAGGCUUUUGCUUUGACUUGAUGUCGCCAAGGGAUUGAGGCCAUUGGCAGGCUUAGUACCACCUGCUCCUCAUCUUAGGAGCCUCCUUUUCAAAUAAUUAGGCUCUGUUCCCAUUUUAAAAUUCUGCUUGGGCUGAUACUGGCCUUCACCUGUGACUGGACACUUUACUAGAGGCUCAUUUUCACUAAACAAUAAAAUCUAAAUAAAUUGGAAGGAAUAACAACCACAAAGGAAAGAAUAGAGUUGGUCUGGAUUGAUGAUCACUGAGGAUCUGUAUGUGAAGCACCCAGAACAGUAGUUUUGCUUCGGAGUCAUCUUCACACAUGCUCUUUUCUCUGCCUGGAUCUCUCUUCCCCUCCUUACCUGGCCAGUCCUGUUUAUUAUCAGGCCUUGUCUUGGAUAUCACAUCCUCUGGGAAGUCUUCCUUUCCCCUCUAACCUAGGACCCUCAUUACAGGCUCUCAUGGCAUAGUCUACUGCUUUGUACGAACUCUUAAGUAUUUUUUUUGCAUUUAAUUAGCCUGUAUAUCCUCAGAACUUUGUGUAAUGCUUGGAGCAUAGUAGGCAGCCAUAUGUUGUAUUGUGAAUAAAUUGCACAUAGUAGCUACCCAGAAAAUGCUGACUUCUUUGCUUUCUGGUCUUAACACUGUCCUUCUAUCAUUUUCCACUCUUGUACUUGUUCUCAACAUUUAUUUGGCAGUGAGACACCUUUCCCCCAGGGCUUGCCCAUUGUUGACAGACAAGUGGUUUAUUGUGGCCUAUCUUUGGAUGCUGGGUUGUUAGGUUUUUCCCUCCAAUUAUUUUUUAUUCAUUCAUUUAUUCCUAAUAUAGCCAUUAUGAGUUGGGCAUUAUUUAUAAUCUUGACAGUAAACUUAAGAGAUGUGUAUUAUCUCCAUUUUACAAAUAGGAAAACUAAGUCUUGACAGUAUUAGGUAACUUGCCCAAAGUAACAAAGCAAAGCCGAUAAGUGGUAGAAGGUUUUCAUGAUUCAUUGUCAGUGUUAUUUACAUAGAAGUGAAGUUUCUUGUCCAGGGUUACAUAGCUAGCAAGUAGCAGAGCUGGCAUUCAAAUUGAGGCCUGAUGUGCUAAUGUAAAAGGAAAAAAUCAAACUUUUUUUCCUUUUAUACUUUCACACUCAACAUGGAACACUUCUGUGACUGGGUGUGUGUUUGUUUCCCCCGCACACCAAGCAGUUCUCCAGCAGACACCAACUGGGUAUCCUAUAAUUCAGUUCAUUUCUGACAUUACCUGGAAAUAGUGUCAGAUCCCACGGGUUGAGGGCUCCAUCUCCCAAGACUGCCAGCGCUUUCAAUGCCAGUCACAAAUCUGGGCCACCCAUACUCCUGACUGACCAAAUACAAACUAGAGUCCUUGACUUUCUUGGGUUCAGUUAAUUUCCUAGGACAGCUCACAGAACUCAGGGAAACACAUUCACUGGUUUAUUAUAAGAGAUACAGCUGAACAACCCAAUGAAGGAGGUACACAGGGCAAGGUUUAGGGAGAAGGACAGGGUGUGGAGCUUCCAUGCCCUCUCUGGGCUCACACUGUCGUGGCACCUCACCAAUCUGGAAGGAACCACUGUCCUGCUUUCUUCAUUAGCAUUUAGUGAGCACCAAUUGUUUGUCAGGUACUGUACUAUGUACUGGCAAUACAAAAAUGGGUAAGAUAUGGCCCCUGUUUUGAGGGAGUACAUAGUGCACUGAACUAAAUUGCUGUCUAUAAUAAUCUCUCAGGUGGAAAAGUAGGAAGUUCAUUCCAAUUCUGCAAGGUGUCUGCCUUCAGAAUGGAGCCCACUUUGGUGGUGGCAAGGCCUGGCUGAGUUCUUUCGAAGCAGCAUCCAACUUCUCAUUGCUGGAGGCAAUAAGGGUUGCACUUCCCCCUUUACUUACACUGGUGAAACAUGCAGUGAGGGUUCAAGGUCAAAAUUGGGUCAAAGUUAAACUAACACAGUCUCCUGCCCCACUUACCUGUUCUCUAACCCCAUUCACCAGCCCUAAGUGGUCAUCACACGAUUAGAAGUCAGCUGGGGGAAGAGCAGGGAUAGAUAGAGAAAUUAGGAAGCCUCUAUUGGGGUAAGUCACAUGACAGGGGCUUUGCAACAGUCUUUCAUGAGUGGCCGACAUCCCCCACUCACUGCAAAUGUGCUUCUCAAAGAUGCAGGAUUUUUUAAUAAACAGAGGAAAUGAUAAAUUAUGUUGUAACUCCACUCCAAAGGCAUUUGGUUCUUAACAGCCAAAUCCUCUGUAGUCUUUAAAUAAACAAAAACUUAUUUGGUGAACAGGCAGGGAGGAAAAUGAAAGAUUUUCUGUACUUGGGUUCCACAUGUCAACAGUUUCUCUCCUGUGUGUAUGUUGGCCAAAGCUGUAUCAUGAUAAAUGAAUAAAGGAAAACCUCGAGCCCA